UGGCUAAACUUUCAAACGAAGACAGGCUUUACUUUGAAAGACGUGACCGGAAACACUAGUGAUGUUAACAGUAGUGUAGUGAGGGGGUCUCCUCCGUCCUUUAUGGCUUCUGUUACAUGUUUUAAGUUCUCCCACAUAGAGCCAUUCGUCUUUCGCCUCUACCAUGGCGGCCACUGUCCGCGUCUUUCCUGGCGUCAUCUUAGCGUUUAUACCCGUUUUUCUUGCAACGGUGUACUCGCGCAGAGACGUGCUCGAGCUCGGGGACGCGGACUUCGACUAUCUGGCGGCGGAGCAUGAGACCAUGCUGCUAAAAUUCUACGCUCCAUGGUGCGGACACUGUAAAAAAUUAGCUCCCGAGUUUGAUAAAGCAGCGACCAGGCUAAAGGGAAGUGUCCAGUUAGCGAAGGUGGACUGUACUGCUCACACAGGAACCUGUGCUCGUUUUGGAGUUUCAGGUUACCCAACACUCAAGAUAUUCAGAUAUGGACGAGACUCCGCUCUCUAUGAUGGUCCUCGCACUGCAGAUGGGAUCUACCACUACAUGAAGAAGCAGACUGGUCCAGAUUCAGUUCAUCUAAAGACUAAGGAAGACCUACAGACCUUCAUCGACCACUAUGAUGCCAGUGUCGUUGGUGUGUUCUCAGGUCCUAGCAGCUCUCGUCUGGCAGAGUUUCUGAGGGCUGCAGGGCUGCUGAGGGAACAGUUCAGAUUUGCUCACACCACUGAUCUGAAACUGGGAGAGGAACAUGGAGUCACCUCAGAGAGCGUUCUGCUGUUCAGACCACCUCGACUCGCCAACAUGUUUGAGGACAGCAUGGUCAUUUUUACAGAUUAUCUGACAAUUGGUUCUCUGAGACGAUUCAUUAGGGAUCACAUAUAUGGUCUGUGUCCUCACAUGACUCUGGAGAACAGAGACCGUCUCAGGGUCCGCGAUCUCCUGACAGCAUACUACGACCUGGACUACCUCCAUAACACCCGUGGCUCCAACUACUGGAGGAACAGGGUGAUGAAGGUGGCAUCAAAAUACACAGGACGGGGCCUGAUCUUCUCAGUAGCCAAUAAAAAAGACUUUUUAGCUGAGCUGGAGGAUGACUUUGGUUUGGGGAUGUCUGAGGGAGGAGAGCUGCCGUUCGUCACAAUCCGGACCAAACUGGGUCACAAAUACACCAUGAGAGAGGAGUUCACGAGGGACGGUCAUUCACUGGAGCGGUUUUUAGAUGAUUACUUUGCAGGUCGACUCAAACGCUAUGUCAGGUCCGAACCUGUACCUGAGCACAGCGCUUCAGCUGUUAAGGUAGUAGUUGCUGAGUCCUUUGAUGAUGUUGUUAAUGAUCCAGAAAAAGAUGUUCUCAUCCAGUUUUACUCUCCUUCCUGCCCACACUGCAAGAAACUGGAGCCGGUUUAUAGAGAGCUAGCUGAUGUGCUGCUUUCAGAUUCAAGGAUUAUUAUCGCUAAGAUGAACGCUGUUGAUAAUGACAUCCCGCUGGGCUACGAUGUGCAGGGCUAUCCAACCCUUUAUUUUGCUCCAAUGGGGAAAAAGGAUGAACCCAUUCGAUAUGAGGGAGGUCGGGAGUUUAAAGACCUCUUGAAUUUUGUGAGACGUGAAGCGAGUCACCGUGUCAUUUUCAGUGGGUCCAGGGCUGAACUCUGACUUUUUUAUUGUUUGGUCGGGUCUGACAACCAGGUCUCCAUAACAAAGGCAGUGAGACAGGACAGAAACAGAGAAGAGAUUUUGCUGGAAGACUUGGAUCUAAAUUUGGACCAAUAAGAUUUUACCAUUAUCAUAAAGACACAGCUUCACACAGAAGACCAUGGAGCUGGUAGUGGACUUCAGGGGGAUCCCACUCCCUCCCCUCACCAUCAUGGAUGACAUCGUGGCUACUGUGGAGUCAUUCAGGUUCCUGGGUUCCAUCAUCUCUCAGGACCUGAAGUGGGUGUCCCACAUUGACUCCAUUGCAAAAUGAAAGCCGGACAAUGGUUCCGCUUCCUCCGUUAACUGAGGAGGUUCAGCCUGCCACUGGAAAACUGACACUGUUCUGCUCAGCUGUUAGUCUGUUUUGCGAGAUUCUUAUUUUGAAACACAGUACAGCAACGACAGGAAGCUGGCGCAAAUUUGUCUCGUUACAAUAUAAAUGUACUGGAUCUACCGGGAGAUGUGGUCCUGACUACUUUACCACUGGUCUUCUGGUUAAAUCUGUGAAAAAGUGUUUCCUGAUACAACAUGAAUGUACUGGACCUACAGAGUGCUGCGGUCCCAACUACUUUACUGCAUGUCACCGGCGUGUUCAGACACAAUAACAGCUCCUCCAGCUCCAAAACUUGCAGACCUUGUUCAUGAACAUAGUUCUGCACAUUAAACUAUCCAUUUGUUUCAAGAUUCAAGAUUCAAAAAACUUUAUUAAUCCCAUAGGGAAAUUAUUUUGCACACCUUGAUCGCUGUCACAGUUGAAAGUACACACAAGCAGGUAGGGAACAGUAAAAAUGCCAAUACAUCUACACACACACACAUCUAAGUUUUAUAUUGAUAUUGUAUGGAUGAAGAUCAACCCUCACAGAGGGAGGAGGAGUGGAACAGACUGAUGGCCACCGGUGUCGUUCUGUGAAGCACCAAAUACUGAUCAGCCUGUGGCUGAAGGUGCUCCUCUGCCCAGCAAGGACACUGUGUAGGGGAGCACCUGUGUUUAUAUGCACAGCUGUAUCCAUCUGAUUAAACUCCGAGACACAGUUGUUAAGGUGGGAGAACAGGUUGAAACGGACUGUCACUAGCUCAGACUACAGGGGUCAAUGUCAAGCUUCACCCAAACAGCUGAUCCAAAGACAGUCUUUAUGGUUAAAAAGAAAACUUAUUGUCUAUGACACAGCUCGGUUGAAAACCGAAUGUUAUGCAAUACACUGCGAGAUGCUUUCUGCUACCCAAUGUUACACGUUUCAAGUUUUAUAUUCAAUUUGUGUACGGUCAUAAACUUUUAUCGACCCAACCUUA